AUGGCCUACUACCCCGGCGGCGGAUACCCCCAGCAGCAGCAGUAUCCCGGCGGCGGAGCCUACCCGCCCCAGGCCGGAUACCAAGGCUACCCCGGCGCCGUGGGCAUGCAGGGGAUGCAAGGCAUGCAGAUGCAGCCGGGCAUGCAAGGCAUGCAAGGCGGAUACUACCCCGGCGGACCUCAAGGCGGCGUCGCUGUCGACCCGCGUACCGGCGUGCCGGGCGUCAACGCUGGCGGGGCGUGGUUGCCGGCCAACCUCGGGUACGAGUAUACCUUGCCAAACCUGGGGUAUGUACCGCAGCCCACCAUGACUCCGUAUGACCUGGCGCGCGAGGCCUACAGCGCCGGCGCGGGCACACACUCGUCGCACGCGUUCAACCAGGGUAUCCUGGACCGAGUGUUUGGCAACAUGGGCGUCUACUACAAGGAACGCCACCUCAAAGAGCGCGAGGCGCGCAAGGCCCACCGCCGCAUCUACUAUAACAACGAGUACCACCGCAACUCGAAGCACUUUGGCGGCGCAGCAGCGUACCAGGCGUACUUGAUCUGGGACCGCGACCACUGGAGCAUCUACCACAGCUUUGCCAAUGACCAGAACAGGCAGCGUCUCGUCGCGCUCGCCGUCGCCGAGGUGUACGCCCUGUUUGACAGGCUCCACCCUGCCGACGCGGACCGCGAGGAGUCGUGCGAAUGGGCGUCGGCGACCGCCAAGCACCUCUUCGACCUACACUACGACCUGGGCCACUCGUCGCACACGGGCUCGCGCGGCGGCCUGAGCGGGACGUUUGCCCGCGCGUUCGGCGGCGAGGACAGCGACCUGUCCGACACGGACGGCGACUACCGCCGGCGCGCGAACCGCGAGCGCGAGCGCGCGUACCGCGCCAACGAGGCUGGGGGGUACUACAACGGCGCAGGCGGUGCGGGCGGAUACCCGCCUCCUCCGGGGUACGCUGGCGCGGGCGGCGUGCCCGGUGGUAUGCCGUAUGGCGCCGGGCAGCCCGGAUACUACCCCGGCGCAGGCGCUGGCGGCAUGCCCGGCGCAUACGGUAUGCCGGGCCAGGUGCCCGGCUACGGCAUGGCUGGCGGCGUGCCGGGCGCGUAUGGUGGUAUGCCUGGAGCAGUGCCCGGCGCGUACGGCAUGCAAGGCGGCAUGCAAGGCGGCAUGCCUGGGUACAUGCCGCAGAUGGGGCCCGGCGGUGGUAUGGGAUAUGACCCGAUGAUGCAAGGACAAGGAUACUCGUCCUACGACGGUCGCUCGUGGUACCCCCCGUACGGUCCCCGGUUCUAG